CCUCCCUCCCUCUUACAGCUGAAAAAUGCUUCGUUUGACGAAAUAGACACAAAGGCCGUACUACAUAAAUCAUUUAUACGAUUUAUGUAAAUCUACCCAGAUAUAAGAACGGAUAUAUGAGGGAAUCCUCGCAGGUCGUACAUGCUUUAGUUAGUAGCACAGCUGGAUUUACCUGGAAUAUUGCCUUUAAAAAUGGAUUCUUCUAUGCAACAGAGGAUUCUUAUGUGACAGCCACAUGAAUGCAGGGAGAUAGAAUACAUGACUGGACAGUGAUCCCCGGACUUACUAUAAUUCUCAAAUGAGAAUCUUCCCAUCGACGGAGCCCAGAUAACAGUCAUCACUACUUGUCACGGCGCGAUUGUUAACGAGCACAAGGUUCACGGCGGGAUGUGGUAGAUUGCAAGAGGCGACAGGUAUCCAUAGUGGACGACUGUACUCCGCGCCAAUAGAGGCAAGCCAUUCAGAAAUCCUCACACGGGGGCCUAGCAACUACUCCCCUUAUGGCUCGGGAGCAGGAAGAGACAUCAUUGCUAUCACUGAUUUCUUUAGGAUUCCUCUUGCAGAUGUGCCUACUGCCCCUAGGAAGAGGGUUGUCACCUAAACAUGCUCCUGAAGUUGUUGAUGACAGCAAGGACAAUAUCACCUUAUUUACCAGGAUCCUGGACAGACUUCUUGAUGGCUAUGACAACAGGUUAAGGCCAGGACUUGGGGAUUCAGUGACAGAAGUUAAAACAGAAAUAUAUGUCACCAGUUUUGGCCCUGUUUCUGACACAGAUAUGGAAUACACAAUAGAUGUGUUCUUCAGACAGAGUUGGCUGGAUGAGAGAUUGAAGUUUGAUGGACCAAUAAAAACUCUACCCCUGAAUAACCUGUUGGCAAGCAAGAUUUGGACUCCAGACACCUUCUUUCACAAUGGAAAGAAAUCUGUGGCACACAACAUGACCACACCCAACAAGCUGCUGAGGCUUACAUACAAUGGAACCCUACUUUACACAAUGAGACUUACAAUUCAUGCUGAAUGCACAAUGCACCUUGAAGAUUUCCCUAUGGAUGUUCACGCCUGUCCACUAAAAUUUGGAAGCUAUGCUUAUCCAAGUACGGAAGUAGUUUAUGCAUGGACCAAUGGUUCUGACAAAUCGGUUGCUGUUGCCCCAGAUGGCUCUAGAUUGAAUCAAUAUGACCUAUUAGGUUUAGUAGUGGGAACUGAAACAAUCCGCUCAAGCACAGGUGAAUAUAUUGUUAUGACAACACACUUUCACCUAAAACGUAAGAUUGGAUAUUUUGUCAUUCAAACGUACCUCCCAUGUAUAAUGACAGUUAUCCUAUCCCAAGUGUCAUUUUGGCUGAACAGAGAGUCGGUGCCUGCAAGGACUGUGUUUGGGGUCACCACUGUUUUGACAAUGACAACGUUAAGUAUAAGUGCACGGAACUCUCUUCCCAAAGUUGCUUAUGCCACCGCAAUGGAUUGGUUUAUGGCAGUGUGCUAUGCAUUUGUUUUCUCAGCACUUAUUGAAUUUGCUACAGUCAAUUACUUUACAAAAAGAGGAUGGGCCUGGGAUGGUAAAAGGGCCCAGGAAGGUCAAGCACAUAAGAUGAAAGAACCAUUAAUCCUGGCGAAAAAAUCGAACACAACUUACAACAUUGUUGGAACUACUUACACACUCAAUAUCAAGGAACCAGCCCUGGCAGCUAUUGCAAAGAAUGCAGCUCUCCCCCCACCCCCUCUCUCACCUCCACAUGCUGAACUGAAACCUCUAGAUGAAUUGUCUAGCCGUGUAAUGCCCAGUUCAACAAUGAAGAAAAAGGUGCUAUUGAUGGGCAAAAGUGGCUCAGGAAAGACAAGCAUGAGAUCCAUCAUCUUUGCCAACUAUAUUGCACGAGACACAAGGCGUUUGGGAGCCACCAUUGAUGUUGAACACUCUCAUGUUCGAUUUUUGGGGAACCUGGUGCUUAAUCUUUGGGAUUGUGGUGGUCAGGAUACAUUCAUGGAGAACUACUUUACCAGCCAGCGUGACAACAUAUUCCGCAAUGUUGAAGUUCUCAUCUACGUUUUUGAUGUUGAGAGUAGAGAGCUGGAGAAGGACAUGCACUAUUAUCAGUCUUGUUUGGAAGCUAUUCUUCAGAAUUCUCCUGAUGCAAAGGUGUUUUGCUUGGUUCACAAGAUGGACUUGGUACAAGAAGAUCAAAGAGACAUGAUAUUUAAGGAACGAGAAGAAGAUUUAAGGCGCCUUUCCCGACCCUUAGACUGUGCCUGCUUUAGAACUUCUAUUUGGGAUGAGACAUUAUACAAGGCCUGGUCCAGCAUUGUUUACCAGCUCAUUCCUAAUGUCCAGCAGCUCGAAUCCAACCUACGUAACUUUGCCCAGAUUAUUGAGGCAGAUGAAGUUCUGUUAUUUGAGAGGGCAACGUUUUUGGUCAUUUCUCAUUAUCAAUGUAAGGAGCAAAGGGACAUUCACCGGUUUGAGAAGAUAAGUAAUAUUAUAAAGCAAUUUAAACUAAGCUGCAGUAAGCUGGCUGCAUCUUUUCAGAGCAUGGAGGUUCGGAAUUCCAACUUUGCUGCUUUCAUAGAUAUUUUUACAUCCAACACUUAUGUCAUGGUUGUAAUGUCUGAUCCUUCAAUUCCCUCAGCAGCGACUUUAAUAAAUAUAAGGAAUGCAAGGAAACACUUUGAAAAGCUGGAGCGUGUGGAUGGUCCUAAGCACAGUCUCCUCAUGCGCUGAGGCAUCCUUCAAAGGUCAUUGAUUCCAGCAUCAUACAAGAAUAACCCUUGUAAUCACUCGUUCCCAAUUUUAUUUUAUGUAAUGUCAUUUCACCUAAAUGAUAGGGCUGUAUUUCACCUAAAUGAUACUUUAUCACACUAAUUAUAUAUUUUUAAAUGUAACGAAAAGUGGUAAAGUGGUAGACUGCAACAUACCAGUAAACCUUGGUUAGUCCAGCACAUUUAUAGCAUGUUGAUUAGCUAACACUGUACUAAUAUUGUGCACCAAUAUGUACAUGGAUAGGAGAUUACACACUUUGCAACUAGGCUGAAAUGUUUUAUUGUAUUACACUAGUGGAUCAUAAGUUUAAGUCCAGAGUUCCUCUCCCGCCUGUUCUGCAGAUUUGUUCAGUGUGAUGCAACGGGCACUUGGCAUUACAUUUGCUAAGACAACCAUACAGUGCCCAAUGAGUUCUGUGCACAGCCCUUUUCUGAUUAACUGGACCUGUGCACAGCACUUUCUGAGCAUCAUACAGUUGCUUUGACAAUUGUAUGGCCCAGCGCGAGCUGAGUAUCUCUGCGCUGAUCCAUGGAGAGCAGGCAAAAGACCAGCUCCGGACUUCAGUCAUGCCUUACUAGUGUAGUGUCUACUAAUCCACGUAAAUGUGGCUUUGAAUUUGCAUAUGCAACAUGUUUAACUCUAAAUUCCUUUAUGAUAUCUCAUACAAUAAAAAUGCAAUUUUUUUGAUUAUUGAUUAGUUAGGAUAAAAUAUAAUCAGUUGAAUGAAUUCAGUGUAUUUUUGUGCUUUUGGAAUAAAAAUAUUUAUGCCUAAAAUAGAAGUGUGUAAACCCCCACCCCCCAAAAAAAUAAACUAUCCACAGAUAUUAACAAGC